AAAAUUCAACAAAGAUGAUUUCCUUUCGUUCUACUCGAAACAAACCGACAAAGUAAAUGAGAAAAUGCAGUAAGAGAAAUAUAAAAAUGGCGCUUACAGUACAUUUUAGUUGUUUCAAAUAGCAUUAGUAAUAUAUUCACUGUCUGAUAAGUAUGUUUUGCGCUCACGGCAUAUUUUUACAGACGUUAGCAUCUUUCGCUGUGACAUCGUCACUUGUAAUCAUUCGCUGUGAAAUUGCGUCCCGCUGGCAACACUGGGAAAAUGUUUCUCCCGCAUAACUUGGAUGCAAAAAUGUAUGCUUGAACGUUCGUUGACAGGUUGUACCAUCGAUCUCGACUUUAGUACAGAUCAGUAAAUUGUACAGGCUGUGGCACAGGUGACUUCUCUAAAGUUAGGGCUCAUAAAUCAACCUGCAGGUUCAGAAAACUGCACCGUAACCUGAAUAUGUGAGUCCCUAUUUCUCCAGCUCCUCCCUCUACCUCAUCUUCAAGUGAGGUGUUUACCGUUACUAUCAAGUCUACGAAUUCCGGAGGCGAUGGCCUCCUUCCGUCAGGUGAACGAGCGGCAUGUGUCGGCUGAAGUAGAGCUGAUGCUGUGGUCACCACGGCUGGACCUGAUUGCUCUCGCACUGAAACAGGGUGAUGUGGCACUGCACCGACUCUCAUGGAAGCGUGUCUGGCUACGCACACCCCCUGGUGGCAAGGAGCAUGAUGUUGCUGUCCUUAGUCUGGCUUGGAGGCCCGACGGCAAGAUACUUGCAAUUGGCUAUAGCACUGGGACCAUCAUUCUCUGCAAUGUGGAGAAUUCAGACAUAGUACACACCCUAACUCUGUCUUGUGGUGUUACGUGCCUCUGCUGGUCCAGUGAUGGCACCACAGCAGAAGAUACCGAACUGCAGUCGCGCAUACUAUACCGCGACUUCUCUUCUGCAUACUUGCCAAAGCUGCCGAGCCUCAACAAGAGCUACGGCUGCACCUCGUCGGCCAAGUCUGUUGAAGAGAAUGUGGAUGACUGCAAGAUGCUCAAGGAACAGGAGGACUUCAACAUCCUCGUUGUUGGUUUAGCCAAUGGGAGUGUUUCCCUGUACGCCUAUGGUGUGCUACUCUGCCUUGACUUUGAAGUGACACUUGCAGACCGCACUGGGGAGCACACAAAGAGGGUGAUCUCUGCAUGGCUGUCAGACCAUUUCAGCAAGCUAACUGUAGUAGUUGAAAGCGAAAGAGAUGGCGCUGGCAGGUGUAUGUACCUUCACGUGUACAACGUUCCUCAACUGCGGGAGAAACGUGGAGAACUUCGCAUGGUGGCCCUCAAGUAUGGCCAAAUAGCUUCGCUGGCAACUUACCUAACAAGCACUAUGAGCUCCAUUAAGGAAGCCUGGGAGGACAUUCUCCUCGAAGUGGACUCCAAACUUGCUAACUACGCUCAGGAAAAGCGACGUACAUCCAGCGGCACAGUUAGCGACGAUUUUCUUGAACUGCUCAUGUUUGGUACACCGUCAGAUGCGCUCGAAAAGUUCCUGGUGCAUGACCUCACAGAGAAGGGCCUCAAGAAACUGGGCCACUCUAUUGAGCUCUGCUACUCCAAUGUGCAGAAGUAUGUGCUUAAGCAGCUGCAGGGCGUCACACAGGCCGUCUAUUUUCAUCUGGCCGACCUUCAGGGCAUGGCACUGUGGGAGGACAGGUUUGGAGCACUGGGAUUGCGUAGCGCAGCUGUCACAAAUGCCCUCGGAUGCACAGGUUCUUUUCUCCUGAAGCUUGCGGAGUUGCUGCAGGUAAUCGAAGUGAGCAUCCGCAACUUCAAGGCUUUCUUCCGCUGGCUGUAUGUGGUCAUUUUGCGGCUCUCAGAUGAUUCUGUGCCUCCUGAGGUGACCCGCAUAUCGCAACAAGAGAUUGUGUUUGUCGCAGAGUUUCUGAAGGAAAACUUUGCAGUCGAAUGGAGUGAGGAGAAUCGGUUGUCUUUCAGCCUGGAGAGAGUUGGGCAGUACCUCAAGGAUGAGCCACUGGUUUUUCCACUGCCAGCACACCUGAACGCCUGGCUGAAGUUUCUGGAACAGAACCCAGCUGUGCUGAACUUGGCCAUCCCCCACCAUUGCAAGAGCUCACUUGUUCAGGAGCACAAACAGCUUGAGCGGGCAGCCGCAGAUGCAUUUGUGGGUCUCACGGAUGCCCUCAGACCAUCUGUUUCAAUGGAAGCACAGGUCGCGCUUGCUACUAUGACGCACCCCGAAAGGCUCUCUGUGCUGUCACAUGUGACUUCAAGCAAGGAUGACUGUAUCUACACCUCAUUUGUGCCAUGCCGCACGACGGGACAGGACCUCUACUUGGUCAAGCAUGUGACAGCAACGGGAGAGUUUUUUGUGGCCCGCCUCUACUUUGAGAAGUUUCGACACAUAGCAGAUGGGAGUGAUGCAAAGUGCUAUGUUGUUCUUGAUGCUCAAUUCUACAAUGAAGAUGUUUUGUCAGUUCUGAUGUGCAAGGAGGGAGAACACACAGACUCCAAUGUUCCUUUGCUUGUUCAGCUGGGCCUGAAGCAUGUCCAGAACUACUUUAAGCCUUUGCAAAGGUGUGUACCCCAUCAUGUGAUACUCGUAGAGAUGGGCAUUCAGCCCACUGAUGCUGCGAACUGUCUAGAAAAGAUGGACUUUAGGCGGCUCGAGAAAAUGCGCGCUGCCUCAUUUGCUGUGAGUGGUGCACGGAAUGUCGUGUGUGUGCUGUUUCAUUCCCGUAGGCGAGUGCGAACAUUUGAGAUGGAUGUAGAGGAGGAAGACGAUGAAACUGGUGAUGAAGAUGAAGAGGACAAAGAUGCAAAAUUUACUGCUGAGAAAGACAUCACAGACUUUCAGGAUGAUGAUAAAGAGAAUAGUUUCUGAAGUAAAGCCUUGUGUGAAUCACUUGACGCUUGCCAGAACUUUGUUGGAUGGUACGCUUACAUUCUUAUUAUGUACAGCAUUCUCUCUCUGCUACAGAGCUGUUCACAUGGUUGUGACACAGUUGAAGCUUUAUUAUGAAUCGUGUCGUGAUUUCAUUGUUUUAUAUAAAAUGGCACUGUCUCAAAACUGAUGCUUCGAAACUUCACUAGCAUUCACCUAAGUUUUGCGAAACAGUGAGUGCCCAUACCACGUCACUCCCAUUUGUAUUCAAACGUGGCGUGCAUGGCAUUGGCAUCACAAAAAGCAAUUAAUUUAUUUAUGUUAGAAGAAAUUCUCAUCAUAUAAUCAGAAGUUUGCAAAUCUGCUGACCAAAAAUAGCUCCAUGCUUUCAGUAUGCAUUCCAGUAUGAGAUGGUAACCCAUUUUCUGUCACGUUAUUCUAAAAGAGUGGCUGGUGCAUUGGUGGCAGACCUUCACUUUUCAAGUGUGCAGAGGAGAGGUAGGCAGAUGUUGUCUUUGCUUGUUCUCUCUCACCCUCAACUUAAUCUUUUCUGUGUACACAGUUAAAUUUACUAGCCUUCCUUUGCCCUUGCAACAGCUUUCUUCAGUCCUCUUUCAAGAUAAAGACAUGUAGGGCCACUCACCCUUUUGGGCUGUUCUAAUGCUCCGGUGAAUUUUUCUAAUUAAUCUUUAGCAUUUGCUCUCAAAUGUUGAAGAUGGCAGGUGAUGCAGAUAUAGUGUAAAUUAUACCUAAUUUGAGUUAGCUUUUGAACAGUUGAUUACAGAAAUUCUGACUGUGUACAGAGUUGUAUACAGUAGACUUGUUAAUUCGACUGCAGCUAAUUAGAUUUUUCAGGUAAUUCAAUCCUGACCGAAGGUCCUGGGUCCUGGCCAGUGCCCAUGGCAUCAAACUUUAGUUAUUUCAAUCCUGAAUUUAGCUUUCACUAGAUAACUUGGAACAUGGUUGGUCAUCACGGUGGUCACCAAUGGUGACCGCAUGCCUGUGAUGACAGCAGUGAUGACUCCAAUAAGGGUAGAUAGAGUCUGUCUCAGCGUCACUUAGGGUGCAGUGCAUGCAUUGAAUGCACAUCACCCCCCCAGUAAAGAUGCUUAUUUCUGGCCUGCCCCAGGAACAUUUAAGAGCAAAAGCAGCAGCUCAAAAUUAAUCGCAGUAUUUACCCAAUUCUAAUACGCAUUUUUUUUUCUAAAAAAAUUUGCCUGAGAAUUGCAUGGGCUGUGCUAUCGAAACUAAAACUGCGUUCGCAACAGUGUACCAUCGGAGCCAUUGCCAUCACAAAAUGGCGACCAUAGAUGGCAACAGAACAAGUUCGCGCAUAGUCGCAUAGGAUGACGCAAUGUGCCACUUUCCGUCUGGUUAUGAAAGCAUAUUCAACCAAUUAGUUAUUUUAUGUUGUUGUCCAGCACCAACAAGUCAUGUCACGUGUUCUUUGUGUUUCAUGCAUGUCAGGACCAGGGUAUCAUACCGAAAAUGAACUGAAAACCGACAAAAAAAUGAAUUUUUGCUUGAACCAGAACUGAACCAGAAUGUAAAGUUUUUUCCCCCGCAAAUUUCAGCUGAAAUGAAAAAAUAAUGGUUUUAGUUCAGGCUGGCCACUUUUUCUGGAGCUUUUCAACCACGCAUUGCAUGCAUUUGUGGCUCAACUGUGCUACCUCAUUUGUAAAUAUGCACCAUCUUCCACUGAUUUUAGAAUUAGGAGCACCAUUACUACAGUUUUCAACAGAUCCAUUUGGGGGGUAGACAUGUUAGUAUUACACAUAAGCAUUUGAUAGUGGUGACCAUCUAAUAGAUUUGCUUUUGUUGCAGGCCUACAUAUGAAUGAUCAAAUAAAGAAGAGCUUCCUGAGUCAUGGCUUUCAGUCGCACAUGUUGAAGUAGGUGCAACACAAAUGACAUAUUGCUUUUUACAUGUGCUUCUGCAACAUGAUGUUAAAAUUGAAGCUUUCUUUGCCUACUGUGACGGGUUGUUGCAGAUGUUUUACUAUUAUAAUAAACGGGUAUGACCUUCCCUCUUGGUGAUGAUGCUCUUGAGAGAAAUGGGAGAGAGAAGAGGAACUAGCACAAAGGGCAAGUGAAAAUUGCAUGAAAAAAAGAUGUCUUGCAGAAAGAGUCUACGAUAGUCCGGGAUCCCCUUUCUGGACUGUGGUUCCCCUUUUGACCUCUUCUAUUCUUGAAAACUUGUAGGACAGACAUUGCUGAAAACUUGCGUCGGUGGAAUACGAGGCUCACUUUCUGAUGUUGCACCUCAAACAGCGAUCUGUAGAUGUGUCUGAUCUGCUGUGACAAGAAGUCUUUUUGGAAAAGAGAGUGCCAGCCUCACAGGUGUUAGAGUCGUGCCCGUGUUUACUUUCCGUAUGCAAAAUUUGGCUGCUCGUCCGUGUUUGUGCCUAAUAGGUUGUGGGGGCCGAAUUCACAAAGAGUUUCAUUCAUUCUCUUUGCCAUUGGCUGGCCGGCCACCUUCUCUUAUAAUAUUUCCAGCAACAGGAUUGGCUGAAAUUUUCUUCUAGUAAAUAUUUUAGCACAAGAGCUUUUCAUGAAUGUAGGCCCAUGGCCUGUAUGCACAAAGUCUCUUCGUUAGCACCAAUUAACAAAAGGCAGUUGAGCAACGAAAGAAAUGUUUCUGAGCCUUUGACCAGUACAUAAUGUUAACGAAGCAAACCAUCAAGACAGACUUUUACUCACCGCUGUCUUGGAUUAAAUGCAGUGAAUAGGCCAUUUCUACAAGAACACUAGUCGCAUCCUAUACUGCUUAUCCUCAUCAUUGGUCUUUGUACCCCUAGCUCUUUUCUUCUCUUUCUGUUGCCUCUGCAAAGAAGAGUUGCAGGCUAGAUGACUCUGCAUUUCCUCAAUCGGUUUUCUCUUUCGCACUAACGCUUCACUUCACAUAGGUUCCAGUAUUGGUGUUGGAGCUGCCCAAUUCAUUUUUAACCACUAACUACAUGGGGCCUAAUGAAUAACGUGCAGUUUUGUCUGUACAGCACAGCAGCAGCGUCUAGGCUUCUAACAAAGUUAAUUUAUGCGGUUUCUCUGUAAUUAUUUCUGGGUAAUGCAAACUAACUUGGACUGGUUCAAGCCAGUUUUAACAGUUAUGUUUUUCGCUCUGGAGUUGAGCCGAAACUGAAUCGUUUUUGCUGAAGCAGAACAAAAUAAGUUUUGGUUUGACACUCUAGUCAGGGCAAACUAGCAAUAUGGUUAAUGUAAGUGUGGGCCACCAUAUUGUUUAUUAUUGCGAAGUCAUCAGGAUAAACGCAGAAUAUCAAACGCGCUAUGUACCGUACAAAUGGUGGCAUAUGGUGGUUCUUCAUCAAUGGUCAUAAAUUGCUGCAUCAGAGUGAUGAGGCUGGACAUUAAUGAAAUAAAUU